AUGGCAACUACUAUAGACCCAACUGAUUAUGUUGAAGUUGAAAAUGGUACCUUAUCCUUUGCUGACCCAAAACAACAAGCCAAAUUUGAAUUAGGUGUAUGCAUGGCAAUAUACAAAUGGGAGGAAUUGACAACAGCCGUAGAUAAUCUUUGGGGAGGUCCCAAAUCGGCAGAGAAAAGAGAUUGGAUAUCUGGGAUAAUCAUUGAUUUGUUUGGUGAAUCUAACAUUGUGGAUAUUCAACUCAUUGAAGAAACAUUGUUGUAUGCUAUGGUUGAUGAAUUUGAUACGCAAAUUGAUAACGAUUCCGCAUUGGAAAUAGGAAACUUGAUAAUAAAACUAUAUAGAGAUGCAGCACAGGAGAAAUAUGGUCUUAUUGACGAGAUGUACGAAAAAUGGCAAGCAAAGCAAAACAUCAAGAACCCCCACAAAGUACAUAUUGAAGAUGAUCCUAAUAAUCCUGAUGUAAGCAGUGAAGAGGAAGAAGAAGAAGAAAACGAAGAAAUACAGGAUGAUAACAGGAUGGAAAUUGAUGAGCCAGAACAAGUACGCCAACAAAAUGCACCAAUUGUUGACGAUGAUGGGUUUGAAUUGGUUCAAAGCAAAGGAAGGAGAAGAUAA